AUGGAAGUUCACAGAGGUACAGGUUUGGAUGAGAUUCAACAAUAUGUUGAUGCAAGAUGGAUUUGUGCUCCAGAGGCAUUGUGGAAAAUAUUCAAAUUCAUACUUUACAAGUUAUAUCCCUCUGUUGAAAGACUACAAAUCCACUUGCCAAAUCAUCAUCAAGUGCGGUUUUAUAAGCAUCAAAGAAUCACAGAUGUGCUAAAUGAUAACCAAAAUGCAGUAACCAUGCUCAUUGAAUUCUUUGCACUAAACCAAAUGGAUCCACAUGCUACGAAUUAUUUGUACAGAGAGAUUCCAGAGCAUUAUUGUUGGCUAAAAGGGGUCAAAAAAUGGCAGCGAAGACAGAGAAAACGAAAAGUUAUUGGUCGAAUCUAUACAGUAUCCUCUUCAGAAGGUGAGAAACCUUACUUACGUGUUUUGUUGUCUCAUUUAAGAGGUCCAACAAGCUGGGAAUACCUUCUUACACAUAAUGGUGCAUCUUUUUUCACAUUUAAAAAAUCAGUUGAGGAUUGGGGGUUAUUAGAGAGUGAUAAUAGUAUUCGUGAAUGUUUGUUUGAAGCAUCAAAUAUGCGUAUGCCAUAUGCUUUACGAAGGUUGUUUGUGACUAUAUUAAUUUUUUGUGAACCAACUGAUGUUAGAGGCCUAUUUAAUGAGUUUUAUCCCUACAUGGUGGAGGAUUAUCAAAUGACAAAUGUUAUUGUGGGGGAUAACUUUGAAAAUAUGUUAUUGCGGGAAUUGAGGGAUCUUUUGCUAUUGCAUGGAAAACUAAUAAAAAACUACGAUCUUCCAAUGUUGACAACGGAAAUAAAUGAAGUCGGGGGAGUGCCAACAAUUAUUCAAGAAGAGUUAUCGGUCCAAGUUCCAAACGAAGACGUUCAAUCUGUUGUGAAGUUAAAUAAUAACCAGAUGAGUGCUUACAAUAUAAUUAUAAACGCCAUCCACCAAAAACAAUGUCGAUUUUUUGUUGUUGAUGGUCCUGGAGGGACAGGUAAAACUUUCCUUUAUCGAACUAUAAUGGCAAAUUUGAGGCGUAAUAAUGAAAUUGUCUUGGCAACAGCUUCCUCUGGUAUAGCUGCUACAUUAUUACCUGGUGGUAGAACUGCACACUCUCGAUUUGGGAUCCCCAUUGAUAUAGAGCCCCAUUCUAUUUGCAAAAUAGCAAAGAAUUCUGACCUAGCAAAACUCAUUAGAAUAACCAAUGCAAUCAUCUGGGAUGAAGCACCCAUGAUAAAUAAUAAUGUGUAG